UAGACUGGCCUAAGUUAUCGGCCAGAUUUGCUGUAAAUUUGGGGCUGAGGGAAAAUGGUGCAAAACCCUCUAAAAUUAGCACUGGAUCUUCGAUCCAAUUCCACAAAAAUGGAACUCAUUUACACCUCCCUGACUUCCUCAUCCCAACCCCACCAAUGUUCCCAUUUCCACACCAAGCACUUUCUAGGGUUUCCUAAAUUUUUUUAUAAUAUUUCCUAUCUGGUGCCCUAGAAUUUGCUUCAAUCUUCCUUUUUUGGUUUGUUUUUGUUUUUUGUUUUCUAUUUUUUCAUUUGUUAUUGUUAGAAUAUAUUCAGAAUACAUAUUCUAACAGUUAUGAUAUAUUUCGGUUGGGGGUGUUUCAAAGUUAGUGAUUCACAAGCUUCAUGUUCAGCUCAGGUAACCUACCAUCUAUAAGUUGCUUGCCAUAUCAGCCAAAUGGGGUUGAAAUCUUCAAGGCCGGGGCCAGGGAAGGCUGAAGACCUAUGUUUUCAACGUCAACUGGUUAAUUAUCUCAGCAAAAACUGUUAUCUCCGUAACUUGGUAUCUAAGCAACGAAGGCGUAUGCUUGUUGAUGGUUAUGAUCUUGACAUGUCAUAUAUCACAGACCGUUUGCUGGCAAUGUCGUUUCCUGCAGAACAUAUGAGAGCAAUGUAUCGUAAUCCUCUCUGGCAGGUCAAGUCUGUGCUCGACAUGAGACAUCAAGUGUAUUAUAAGAUCUACAAUCUCUGUAUAGAGGAAACUUAUGAUCCAUCACAUUUUCAUGGCCGUGUGGAGACAUAUCCUUUUGAUGACAACCAUGUUCCGCCUCUCCAAUUGAUUAAGAUUUUCUGUGAAAGUGUGUAUUCAUGGCUAUCGUGUGACCCAAAAAAUAUUGCCGUUGUACACUGCAUGGCAGGUAAAGGUCGAACUGGCUUAAUGGUAUGCGCCUAUCUAGUUUAUACUGGCAUGUCAGCAGAUGAGGCUCUUCAGUUAUAUGCAGAUAGACGGACCACCAAUAACGAAGGAGUUUCUAUACCAAGCCAACGUCGUUAUGUGGGAUACUGGGAAAAUGUACUUUCUUUUCCUACGGGAAUUAAUCAAGGACCUCCAAAUGUGAAUUUACCUAAGCCAUGGAGCAGAGAAUUGCGGCGGAUUCGACUUCAUGACUUGGUUGACACUGACACAAUCUUCUUUGUGGUCUCAGAAUUGCAAGAGAUACCCAAUCAGCUGUACCGUCCAUUUAUUGAAGUCUCGCGGGGUUGUUGCAGACAAAUUCUGAAAGGACAUCAAAGAUCUCACAGUCCUCGGUAUUAUCUCUCUUUCAUCGAACGUGACGAAGAAGGGAAGGAAUCAGAGUUAGAAGAACCACGUGUUGUAGUCCAAAUGGACACUGAAAAUCCUAUAAUCUACCAGAAGCCAUGUCUUGAUCAUUAUUUCGAUAAACCUUUACAAGUUACUGGAGAUGUGCGUGUCACAUUCUACCAAAAAAUGUUUGGAGGGCGUCUCUUCUAUUGUUGCUUCAACACAGCUUUUAUUAGGAACGGCUUGUUUCAGUUCACUGUUGGGGAUUUGGAUAAAGUUGGGAAAAAGGGAAGAUCAAUUUGUGGCCCUGCUUUCUGCUUGGAGUUGCUAUUUGGUCCUGCUAAUGCAAAGAACUCGUCAGGGACUACAUCUAAUGAUGAUGUUGAAAGUGAUGACUUGUUCUGAAUUCUUAACACAAAUUUGUAUAAAGAGAUGAUAUUGUAAAUUCUUCUCACAAGGUGGCCCAUUCGAUCAAUGAUGUAUUCUUAUAGCAAAAUACAACCUGACUCUAAUUCUGGUUCUUAUU